AUGAUCUACCUGUGGGGGAUGGGGGUGCAGCUUGCAAAAAUUGGGGGGACCUUACUCAACACUAUUUCCGCGUUUGAAAUCUGGCUGAAACACAAUUUUGGAGGAAUUUUUAGUAACAUGGAAAGAACGCGACGAAACACCUUCCUCCGACGCGUCUUAUCCUUUGCGAACGGAUUAUGCCCAGCCGUUGGAAUACUGAGGAUGCGACGAUUAGCAAACAACAGUUGUAAUCCAAUCUUCUUGGGAUAUGCGAUAGGAUAUUGCGCCCCGUGUGGAGAGCAGGUGUCAAAUUAUGGCGUGGAAACAUUAAAAUUGAUCAAACUUGGGGUAAUCGUCCCCGAUGGAUUAAACGUUACCGUUGAAGUUUUUAAAUCCAUGUUCCUCCUCUUCAACGUCGCCCUUGUGGGGACGGGAUGCAUGCUGGAUUAUCUCGACAUUUUGGGAAGCAUUUCCACUGGUCCCACACGGAUUUCACUCUCUUCCCGAAUCGAACUUUACCGUUGCCUUGAAAUCGUUGGAAAGGAAUUGAACCAUUUCGGCUCGUCCAGAAUUGUCCCCGCCGUUCUCAUCGUGUGCCCCAUGGUCCAAAUAUUCUACACCUUUGUCCUCAUCAAAUUCUAUAAAACGCAAUCCGUCGGCGGUAUCAUUACUUAUUGUACUGUGGUCAUCCUCUGCGUCCUGGCGUCCAUGGCAUUUGAUACUUUUGCCUCGCAAAUCGGGGUCAAAUCGGAUCAACGGAGGAAGGAAUGGGGCAAGGAGAGAGGACUGAAGAAAGUCGAGAGGAAAAUAUUAACCUCUCUGCAACCAAUUAGAAUCCGGAUAGGGAGCAAUUUUGUAGAUCGAGAUACUGCUCUGGUAACGCAAGACUUUUGCUUAAAGCAGACCGCGUCGUUGUUAUUAAUGUAAUAAAAUCUCAAAAUUAACUUUUCAUAUGAUUUUUCACGGAAAAAAUUAUUUAUCAAAAAUUUCAAAAUUUACUGUUAAAAAAUAUUAAGGGUAUUCACACUUGACUUGAUUGUAAAAUAGCGUAUGAAAAAAAGGUGUCAAGCCACGCCAAAAUUGUAACCUUAGCAACGCGGUUUCUGCUGACAAAAUUUAUCACACUUACAAAACCUCGUAAACCUCGUAACUUAUUUUACGACACGCAGAAUACCAAGAAUACGAAGGAAUCAUGUAAAUCCCUAAUUUCUUGUAAUCUUAGUUUUAUGUAUGUAUGUACAUACGUCUGUUUUUUAUUAAAGUUAGGGCACCAAGUUGGCCGCACGACUUUACGCCUGUAUAAAUUUAUUACCGUUUAACGACUUUGUGUAAAUUUGAGGAAAACUAAUUUACAAAAAAUUAUAUGUAUGUAUGUACCGUGCGGUAAAUGUGUUUUAGGAAAACUUUCCACAAGUAUUGAGAAAACAUGAUUAAUCUAAGUGGAUUGUCCUAUUUAGCAGAAGCGUAUAUAUAACUUAUGUAUAUACAUAACCCAAGAAUUAAUAACUAAUUGGCAAUGAAUAUUUCUGGACAUACAUAUGUCAACCAUUGAAAAUAUACAAAAUAUGUAAAUGCAUGCAUAUUUAUAGCAUUUGUCGUAAAUACGAGCUUUACUUUGUGAAAGUACACUUAAAAUAUCGAACAUAUUCACCUUCAUUGUCCCGAAUAUCAUAAAAUACUUUACAGAGAAAGAUUAAGGGGGUCAAGCUCCAUAUGUAAAAAUCGUAGCUUUGCUAACGAGAUUUUUGAUUACAAAAUUUUACAACGCUCGC